AGAAUUAUCCAGCGCUUCUGUGUCGGGGUUCACCGUGCAGCGGAAACAUAUCCAGUCCGUUCUUGUCGCCCGACCUCUCGCAUCCCGAAUGCUGUCUGUCACGUCCACCCAUCCCAUGCAAGGGCCCUCAGACUACCGCGACGGCGGGCCUCCAGCCAAGCGGCCCCGCCAGGACGACACGCUCGACGACACCGGCAGACCGUACAGCCUUGCUGGCCCCUCCGUCCAUGCCGAGGCGGACGCUUCGACGGACGCAUCCUCAAAGAGGAACAGGAAACGGCCAUUAUCCUGCGGAGAGUGUAGAAGGCUAAAGUUGAAGUGCGACCGUGUCUUUCCAUGUCAGUCAUGUUGCAAGAGAGGCUGUGCGGAGAUCUGCCCGGAAGGUGCUCUGACGGGAGGCAAGGGCAGCAGGUUUAUUCUUGCCAACACUGAGCAACUCCAUGACAAGAUCAAGUCCAUGGCUGAGCGCAUCCGCUCGCUUGAAGAAGCCCUUGGUCAACUGCAGUCGCAGCACUCGACCGAGGGUCAUCCUCUCCUGCGGCAAGAGCUCCUGGCGAUCAAGAAGUCGCCCGAAUUGUUCGGAGUUGAGCGCAAUGACGCCCAGCAGUCAAACAAUCACGACCACAUCCGUCGCGACGACGAGGACCAUCCCAGCGUUGGCUCAUCGACCUCCCCGGGUGUUAUUCAUGACGAGUACGCUCCAUCGUCAUCAAAUGGGGCAAUAUCGAGUCUGUCCCAUCUUGGCAUCCCCGAUGACAUCGCACGACUUAGCCAUAAUUGCCCUUUCCCUGAGGCUAUGCAUCCCGAGCUGAACCCCAAUCUGCGGCAGAGAAUCCGGGACAUGCUCCCUGAUCGCGCGGAGGGCCAACGAAUUUCUGAGCAAGCACGGCGCAAUGCAUUUUGGCAUUACAGCCCAGAUACCAGCGAAAGCUUCAUUCCCAACCUUGUCCACAGCGUCUAUACUACCCCGACUACGCAACUGCUUCCUCAUCGGCUCAGUCUAUUUCUGAUGAUUCUCGCCAUGGGCACUGCGGUCGAUUUGGGGCAGCGCCACGAACCUUAUGCUGCCGAACGGUACUACCAGUUGUCACGGGCAGCACUUUGCGAGACAAGCGUGCUGGACGAACCCAGCAUCGAUACCAUCAACGCAUUGUUCUACAUGGUUUGGUACAUACUCAUGUUCACCAACUUGAAGAACGCCUCCGAGCAUGCAUGGGGCAUCAUGGGCCUCCUGGCAAAACUAGCGCAAAGUCUCGGUCUCCACCGCGACGGCGUGGGCAAGAUGAUCCCCGAAGAGCUGGAUAAGCGGAAAGCACUCCUCUGGAACGUGAUGAGUGUGGACGUGCGUCUGGCGUUAAUGUUACGGCGGCCGCCGUCGCUCCACAUCCGUCAUGUGGACAUGAAGCAGCUGGCGUACAACUUCUUCGGCUCGCCGUGCGCAAAUGUGAUCUCUUCCUAUCAUGAAUGGAGAGACCAGUUUUCCGCCCACUGUCAAUAUCCCGUGGCCGAACUCAUCAACGCGACGCAACCUCCACGGUACUCAGAUGUUCUCGAGCUCGAUUCCAAAAUCCGUGACUUUGAAAUACCGCAACUGCUGCGCAUGGUCGACAAUGACGGGGUUGCACCACCACAUCCUGUGGGUAUGCAGCAGGCACUGACCCAGUGUAACCGCGAACAAACCCUGCUGAACCUGCACAGAGCUUACUUCACGUCUGCUCUAAAGGUCACAGAAGGCUACUCGAUGAAGCACAAGUACGCCCCAUCUGUGUUAGCGACAUACCACAGCGCAGUCAACGUCAUUUGGACCACAAAUACCGUCUACCAGUGGGAACCGGAGUUGUGCAUGCGGUUAUCCAAUCUGUGGUCGAAUGCCCUGUCAUGCUCGCUUGCAUUGUGCUUACUGCUCGGACGCGUGCCCUCAAGUCCCAUGUGUUCCCAGAUCCUCUCAGUACUGGAAAAUGUGUUGAGGCUCUUCCGAGAUGUAGCGCCCCGGUGUGAGACCGCGGCGAAGUCAAUCCAUACUCUGGAAGCAUGCAUCGACCGUUCCCGGGCGAUCUAUCGCAGCUGGCGUAGCGGCUCAACAGACCCUUGGGGCGAGCACGAAGGGGACACCGUCUGCGCGAUGGUCAUGCGCUCCGGGAUUAUGUCUACCUCAUCUCCGUCAUCACAUUCGUUGGAAGAGAGCCCGUUCGAGCACGCGCACUACUCACUAAAACGCUGCCACGAGCGAUACCUCGCUGCGGUGCCUCCCGGCUUUGUCGACCCGUAUCCCGGCCCGCUCGAGGCCUCCGUCGGGCUCGGGAUGACGCAGACGUACAACACGUCGGCGGAGCGCACGGCGAGCCCACCCGACCACGUCCACACCGCUAUUGGGGACGGCGCGGCGUCGCAGAAUGGGUACAUGAUCUUGGGCUCGGAUUCGCUUGACAGCAGUUUCAUGACUUGGCUCUAGAGGGCGCGUGUGGUAUUUAUCCUUGCGGACUUGUCUUGAUUAGUUUUCGUGUAGCUAGCUCAUCUGUAUUCUAUUCUUGCAUUGUUUCCUGGCAGCACCGCUCACGACCAUACCUCCUUGCUCUACAAUUGAUACAGUAUGAUUUACUGCACGAAACGUGCGUUAGGAUCGAUGACCUACAAGAAUGUUGUAUGAAAAUUGUACCUUCUU